CGGGAGAUGAGAUUCAGCAUCCGCAAACCCGGCGAGACGCGAGCAGGAGCGGGGAAGGACGCCGCAGAGAUCCCGCCGCCAAAUCCGCUGAAUCCCGGAUGAUCCGCGGGUCAUGGAGGCUGAGGUGUAGCCGGGAGUUGGUAGCGGAUUCCCGGGUUGUGCGCCCGCAGCGGAGCGGACCUCGCAGUGCGGCUCUGAAGGGAACCAUAUCUGGUCAAAGUAUUCGUUGCUGUCACCCGGCGGGACUGUCCGGCUAUAAAUAGCGACGGAGGAGGUCUCUCUCUCCCCGGAGCGCUUACAGCCACUUGGCUGCCUUUGCUUUUAUUGCAACUCUAAGCUGGGAGCCAUUGAGAGACACUGUCCACCCUGCAGGUGUGCUGUCCAUCAUGUCGGUGAUGAGGAAGGAGAUGGAGAAGUACAGGGACAUCGACGAGGACGAGCUGCUGAAGAAGCUGUCGGAGGACGAGCUGCAGCGACUAGAGGACGAGCUGGAGGAGCUGGACCCCGACAAUGAAUUGUUGCCAGCUGGGAUGCGGCAGAAAGACCAGACGAAGAAAACCCCAACGGGGACGUUUCAGAGAGACAACCUGCUGGCCCAUCUGGAGAAACAGGCCAACGAGCAUCCUGACAAGGAAGACCUGGUGCCCUUCACAGGGGAGAAGAGAGGGAAAGCCUUUGUGCCAAAGAAGAUGGUGGACCCGAUCAUGGAGAACGUGACUCUGGAGCCGGAGCUGGAGGAAGCCCUGGCCAGCGCCUCCGAUGCUGAACUCUGUGAUAUCGCAGCCAUCCUGGGUAUGCACACCCUGAUGAGUAACCAGCAGUACUACGAAGCCCUGGCCAGCAGCACCAUAGUCAACAAGCAGGGCCUCAACAGUGUGAUCCAGUGCACCCAGUACAAACCGGUCCCUGAUGAGGAGCCCAACUCCACUGACGUAGAAGAGACCCUGCUGAGGAUGAAGAGGAACGACCCGGACCUGGUGGAGGUCAACCUCAACAACAUCAAGAACAUCCCCAUUAAGACGCUGAAGGCGUACGCUGAGGCUCUGACGAAGAACACUGUGGUGGAGCGCUUCAGUCUUGUAGGAACCAGGAGCAACGACCCCGUUGCAUUUGCCUUGGCAGAGAUGUUGAAGGUGAACACAACGCUGAAGAGCCUGAACGUUGAGUCCAACUUCAUCACAGGAACAGGAGUCCUGUCCCUCAUAGCAUCACUACAGCACAACACCAUACUACAGGAGCUCAAGAUAGACAAUCAGAGCCAGCCGCUGGGCAACAAGGUGGAGAUGGAGAUCGCCAGCAUGCUGGAGAAAAACACCAGUCUGCUGAAGUUUGGAUAUCAUUUCACCCAGCAGGGGCCGCGCCUGCGAGGCUCCAACGCCAUGAUGAACAACAACGACCUGGCUCGGGUUGUCAGGUCGGAGUCAGACGGCUCCUUCACCCUCACUCUGUCUGUUCCUGAGCUGGAACGGGCCUUCGGGAAAAAGUUCAAGUCCAAGACUAAUACGAAAGAGAAGGCUGGAGGGAGGUCCCAUCUUCCCUAAGUGUCGGACGAAUGUGUAGAGACCAGGGCUGCCCUCGUUCCCCCUUUGACCCGACCGCCCUUCUGACCGCGGCCUCACACCCUCCGACGGCGCUCCCAGACGACCACGGCCACCAACUUCAGGUUCAAAUGUCUCUGAAAAUCGCUCUACUUUCCAGACUCUUUUUCUUUAGUAGAAAUUAAGGGAUUCAAUGGGAUCCAUCACCAGUGGCUUUCUGAGCUUCCAUUGUGAAUCCUUUAACGUCUCCUUGAGAGUCUAGAGUCCUUAAUAACGGGUGCUGGAGGUCGGGUUGUGAGUAAGGGCCCACUGAAUGGGGACAGGACACUUUCAGAAAUCCCUGUUUCUACUGAUGAGUUGAAUGAGCCCUAAUUAUUAAUAAUACAAUUGUUAAAAUGCUGUAGAUGAGCUGUGCUGUCAUUACUGCUGUUCCCAAAAGCGUUUGAAAUCAAGCUCACCAUGAAAGGUAGAGUUCUCCCAAUUAUUCACCAAAGCUGAUGUGCCAUUUCAAUUUAAUAGACCUAAUGAAAACUCCGUAAUAUUGGGUUUUCGACCACUUGGGGAACCUCUGAUGUUGCAGCCUUGUUUUCUGAUUCGGUCAGAACAGUAUUUUAGGGACUUGCUAAGCUUUACAGAUUCCUCAGUAGUGGGCAGAGAGAUUCAUAAACCUGGCUACAGUGAGGAUUCUCGCUAUAUACAGAACAUAUUUAUUUGUGACAGACCUGGGAAAGAGUCAGAAGCCACUCAAACACUCAAUUUCAUUAAUUGAUUGUGCUGGACAGCGUGAUCAUUUGUGUAAGAAUGUUUCUGUAAAUGAAAAUAUACACUCUAAUUACACUUUACAUUGUUAUACUAUGCAGCAUGUAUGCUGAGCCUCCCUGCUAGCUGGGAAUGGCAACUGCCAACUUCUAUUUACGGACAUUAGAUGUUGAAUGAACCCACGGUAUCAAUAUCUUAUGAAUGCAAUGUUGCUACAUAGAAGUUCUUGUCCGACCAUAAUAACCCAAAGUAACUGCUAGUAUUUGAAUGGACUUCUGUCACACUUUCAACCAGGUCUGGUUUGUUGAUUGUUUGUGGUAAUUUCAUAUUUACUGGAGCUGAAAUGUGUGGUUUGAUACAAAAUGGUUGGUACUGUUGACUUUACGUUACACGUUUCACGUUAGCGCCUCAAUCCAGGUUUGGAUUAUUUCAGUGGACACGGAUUUACAAACACAGGAAACCUCUAAUGUCUUUGCAGCUGUCAGAUUACAAAAAUCCCAUCCAGUGUAUUAAAAUAAACUAAAGUUAACAGCAGCUGACGGGUCUUAAAUCAACACCGGACUUCUGAAAUAUUAUUUUACGCUUUAAUACUGGAUGGAUCCUUCACAAGUUCACAAUGGGAAUGUUUCUUCUUGAUAAGGACAAAACAUGUCUGUCCUUUUGCCAACCUCAUCUACUCUGCUGUAUAAUUUGCAACCCUUAAUUGAGAUUAAAAACAGAAUGAGCUGCUGAUGAAAUCAGAAAAUAGAGCUAAUAUGUUGCUGUCAGAAAAUAAAACUGCUGCAGUUAGAACUUCUUUAAAAUGAUAUGGACUCUGGUUACAUUGUAUUUGCUCCAAAUGAAAUGUGUCUGUAUCUUUCUGCUUAAAGAAAAAGGGUAAAAUACAAGUUGCAGACUGGAAGGUAAAUCAGACCUGAUUGCAUCAUCCAUGUUUCCUUGAUACCAAAAUGCUAAAGGGUUGGAGAACCCUUUAUAAAAUAAAAUGUUAUUUUAUAUCAAUGCUCUGCUACUCACUCGUCAGGGCUGUGGGUGUUUCUACAACAAAUAGUAAUUAUGGAUGUAAACAUUUGUUAAAGCAGUAACUGAAUGCCUAGAGGCAAAAGAGGCGACUCAAAGUCUUUGUGUGUCCAGUUCUUUUCUUCUGUCUAUUUCUUUCUGAUUUGUUAAUGCUUGAUUCUGUUUUGCUAGAUAGUCCACCUUUUUGGGUUGAAUUUUUGCAAAUAAAGGAAUAAAUAAAACGUGAAA